AUGCCCGAGGCAACACAAAUGAAGAUUGAGGAGAAUACAGUUGUAUUCAAUCAAACUAAAAAGGAAGCCUUUACUCUGUGUCAACAUUUUACAGAAAUUGCUAAGUACCUCAAAUCCUCUUGGAAGGUUGUUGUAAAUAAAGAUGACAUUACGAACGAACGUCUUAGCAUUGUCAAGUUGUUCGUAAUAUCUGGACCUACAGAAAAGUUUAGUGCUGCAGAGUUUAAUUCUAUUAAAAAAUAUCUUGAGACUGGUGGAUCUUUGCUUGUCCUUAUGGGUGAGAACGGUGAGGCAAAAUAUACUACAAACAUAAACUUCUUAUUGGAGCAGUUUGGGGUCAUGGUUAACAGUGAUACCGUCCUGCGAACGUCAUAUUUUAAAUAUUAUCAUCCUAAAGAAGCAUUGAUCCCGAAUGGAGUACUGAAUAGAGGAAUAGCGGAAGUCUUGGAAAAAAAGUCCAUAUCAGCUACGCAAAUGGACUUAUCACAUAAACAGGCCUUACAAUUCUUAUAUCCUUAUGGAGCUUCUCUCAAUGUUGCCAAACCUGCAGUUGCUCUACUGUCAACUGGAAGUGUUGCGUUUCCACUUAAUAGACCCGUUUGUGCCGUUUACAAAUCCCUCUCACCUAACGGUGGGACUUUAGCUGUUGUUGGGAGCGCAGCCAUGUUCUCUGACCCAUAUAUAAACAAAGAAGACAAUUUUAAAAUAUUCGAGUUUUUAUUCAAAUACCUUACAGAAGAAUCCGUCACGCUAAACUCCAUAGAUUCCGAAGAACCAGAAAUUGAAACAUACUACCAAGUCCCUGAUAUUAUAAGCCUAUCGAGUAAUCUAAUGUCUUGUUUACAAGAAAGUGAUGAACUUCCACAGAAUGUCAAAAAUUACUUUGAUCAAGGUUUGUUUUGUAUGGACACAAGACUCGUUCCGAAAGCUAUUCAGGCUUAUGAAAAACUCCGUGUGAAGCACGAACCCUUAAGUUUAAUUUCACCUCAGUUUGAAACUCCUUUACCUCCAGUUCAACCUGCAGUAUUUCCUCCUAACUUUCGUGAACCUGGUCCACCACCAUUAGAAUUAUUUGACUUAGACGAACAAUUUUCUACACCCAAAGCACGUUUAGCCCAGGUAACAAAUAAAUGUAACGACGACGACCUAGAAUAUUAUAUUCGUGAAUGCGGUGAUAUUUUAGGUGUAUCACAGAAAUUAUCAACAGACAAAAUGACAUCACGUAUUAUUUUAGAAGUUAUAUUUAAUGAACUAGUAGAGUUUAAAAAGUUUAAUCAGAAAUUUAUUAUACAUUUAAAAUCAAACAAUCAAGAAUGGUCUGUAACCCGUCAUUAUACAGAAUUUCAUGCAAUCUAUACGAAAUUGAGGGAAUCAGAAGAUUGUACAGGGUUACAAUUGCCAGGAAAUAACCUGCUAGGCGUCUUUACAAAUCGACGUAAAGGUUUGUAUAAAUUUGUUAAAAAACUUGUAUCCACUGAGUUGUUGAUUAAGAACGAAGAUGUACGACUAUUUCUUGAUCUUCAUAAAGACAAAAAACUAUCUAAUUUAACGUCAUCUCAAGACACAGAUUUAAUUGAUCUUGGGCCAACAGAAGAUAAAAAAGCAUCAUUGGAUGACUUCGAAAUUGUGAAAACUAUUGGUGAAGGAAAUUUCGGAAAGGUUUAUUUAGCUGUUACACGUAAAACAAAUCAAGCAUUAGCAAUAAAAGUACUUAAAAAAGAUGCAGUUAAACAGCGUAAAGAAGUUGAUAAUGUCAUGUCUGAACGUAAUGUAUUGGUUAAAAGUUUAAAUCAUCCAUUUUUGUGUAAACUACACCUUUCAUUUCAAAGUACAACUAAAUUAUACUUUGUAUUGGAUUAUAUCAAUGGUGGGGAGUUAUUUUAUCAUAUUCAACGUGAACGAGUAUUUACUGAAACACGAACCCGAUUUUAUGCAGCACAAAUUGCUUCUGCUUUAGGUUAUUUACAUUCAGAGAAUAUAAUUUAUCGUAUUAACGGAUCAAAUUAUCAUGUGAACCAAAUACAAUUUACUUUUGUACUGUGUACAGUAUUCUAAUUCGAUAACCAGGAAUACCAUAAAUGAAUGACUAAAAUUUGAACAGGUUUAUUAUACUUGGAGAAAUCAAAUAUACAACUAUAUAUAAUAAUAAUUUAUAGUACAAUGCUUGUAAACUAUGUAGUAUACGAGUUGAAAGUUGACAGGAAUUUCAGUUAUAUUUGUAGCCGUACAACUGUAAUCCGUGUCAUGAAAUUUAGCUAUGCUCAGGCACAAUGAAAAUAUGACAACAUCAACAGCGUCAUUGAAUUCUGUUAUAUAAUUUAUGGUGUUUAUAGUGUAGUAGGGUGGAUGACGUACACAUAAUAUAAUUGAAACAUACUUUGAAUAUAUCUAUUACAAAUUAUGUAUUUAAUGUAAACAACUGAUCGAAAUCACUCCUUCCAUUUAUUUUGUUAUUUUUUCAUGUUAUGAAGUUGUUUGUAUUGUUCUGUCACUUGAAAUUUAAAAAAAACCUACACACACAAUUAUGAAUACGACUCCAUUACACUUUCCAUUAAUAUGUAACUUAUCAGUGUUUAAAGUGAUUUCUUUGACACAUGAAAAAAAAGAAGAGAUUUGCUUGGAGUUAUCUGUGAGUUGAAGAUUUAUCGUACCAAAACUUGCAAAUUUCUCAUCACGAUGCUGAAGGGUGAGAACAAACAUGACCCUUAAAGUUUACAAUAUUUUCAUUUUAUUUCUAACCAUUUAAAAACAAUAUAAACUAUAUUUGUAACAUACUUACUUACUUACGCCUGUUACCCCUCUUGGAGGAACAUAGGCUGUCCACCAGCACUCUCCAUUCAACUCUAUCCUGAGCAGUUCUUUCCAGUUGUUAUUCAUUCUUUGCAUGUCUGCUUCCAAUUUUCGGUGCAGUGUGGUUUUCGUCUUUCUCCUUUCCGUUUCCCUUCAAGGUUCCAAAUUGGAGUUUGCCUCAUGAUGUAGUUUGUUGAUUUCCUCAAUGUACGUCCUAUCCAC